UGCGGAUUCUCCAAGACGACUCUCCUGCCGUCGACUGCUCGCUGACUCCGUGUGGAGCGAUCGAACAGAAUCGAUCGGAGAUGAGGAAGGCGACUCUGUUAGCCGUCGUAACGAUCUUGCUGUCGGUGACGGCACGCGAUGCUGCUGCAGAACUUUACACCGCCCUGGCGGAUAUGGAGGAGCUGCUCGAAACGGAAGCCGUGCUGAUCGACACACUGAACGGAUACAUCACGGCGCAAGAGCAACGACUGGCGACUCUGAGAAGAAACGUGGAGGGCUACGCGAGGGAGCACGAGGAGGCGUCCAGGAACAUCCAGCAGUACCUAUCGAACCCCAUAAAUGCUUAUCUGCUAGUGAAACGGCUGACCACCGACUGGAAAAAGGUCGAGGAGCUGAUAACCGAGGACGUCGGCAAGUCUUUCGUCGCCAACAUCACGAAUUCCAGGAGCGAUCUAAAAUUCCCGACCGACGAGGACCUGAAUGGAGCCGCAGUCGCUUUGAUGAGGCUGCAGGACACGUACAAGCUCGAAACCGCGCAAGUUGCGAGGGGUGUCCUGAAUGGUGUGCAAUACAGUACCGGAUUGACCGCGAGCGACUGCUUCGAGCUGGGCCGACAAUCUUAUCACAAUCGCGACUACUAUCACACGGUGCUGUGGAUGCAGGAGGCUAUGGACCGGCUGCAGGAGGAGCAGAACGCCACCACCACCACCUCCAAGCCCGACAUUCUCGAAUACUUGGCGUUUUCGACGUACAUGCAAGGUAACGUCGCCCGCGCUUUGAGCAUGACGAAUGAGCUGCUCGAAUUGGUGCCGACACACGAGAGAGCGUUGGGAAACCGUGCAUAUUAUCAAAAGGAGAUCCAAAGCAAGGCGAGCCAGUCGAAAAAGAAGCGCGGUGAGGAUGGGAAGGACGAUACAGCGAUACCCGAACAGAACUUCACUGUCGCCGAGGAAAGGGUGAAAACGUGGGAGGAAAUGACGGAGAGGGAGAGGUACGAGAUGCUUUGUCGCGGCGAAGUAUCUAUUCCGCCGGAGGUGGAGAAGAGUCUCAAGUGCCGUUACGUCGACCGUGGAAUUCCCUUCCUGAAGAUCGCGCCGUUCAAGGAGGAGGAGGCGUAUCUGGAUCCGAGGAUAGUUGUUUAUCACAACGCGAUAUACGACGAGGAAAUCGAGACGAUCAAGCGGAUGGCUCAACCUAGGUUUAAGCGCGCUACGGUGCAGAAUUACAAGACUGGUGCCUUAGAGAUAGCGAAUUACAGAAUCAGCAAGAGCGCGUGGCUCCAAGAACACGAGCAUAAGCACGUAGCGGCGGUGAGUAAACGCGUCGAGCACAUGACGAGCAUGUCCGUGGAGACGGCCGAGGAACUUCAGGUUGUCAAUUAUGGCAUCGGCGGCCACUACGAGCCACAUUUCGACUUUGCGAGAAAAGAAGAAACGAAUGCGUUCAAGAGCCUCGGAACUGGCAACAGAAUUGCGACGGUUCUGUACUACAUGAGUGAUGUCGAACAGGGAGGCGGCACCGUGUUCACCGCCAUCAACAUAUCGCUCUGGCCGAAGAAGGGUAGUGCGGCGUUUUGGCAUAAUCUGAAACCUAACGGCGAGGGAGACUUUAAAACCAGACACGCGGCUUGUCCGGUACUUACAGGCUCGAAAUGGGUGGCGAACAAAUGGCUGCACGAAAGAGGUCAAGAGUUUCAUAGACCAUGCACAUUGGAGAAUCAGGCGACAGAUGAGGUGGACGUUAGGCACUGAAGAGAGCGUUCCUCGACACUGUGACAGAAGAGAGAUAGAAGGGGUGCGAUAGACAAGGUAGAGAAGUACUAAGAAAUUCCUGCUCGGAGUAAAGAGACAUUUUACUUUCGAAACGGCGACUCCGUAAGGAAGUACGCGCGGUGCGAAUUGUCGCUCAAGAAGGAGUAAGAACGUUUCGGCCCGCGUGCAAAAAGCGACAGUGCAAUUUAGCGUAGGUAGGCAAGCUGCGAGAACGCUGCUCGCGUUUACGAGAAAGAACGUCACUACCGCAUACAAUUCGCGUAACUUAACAUUCGUGCCGCAGAUCUGUAUGAUGAUCUUUCUUGUUGGUUUACUGUGGAACACGAUUCCUCGCAUUACGACAGCGAUUAAUGUUUCCUUAAUCUUCCUGAUAUUCGGCUGCAGGCGAAAACCGGUAAGAAGCAACAGAAACUAUCCGAGCGAGAUUAAUCGACCACAUUGUUUCCCGUGCGCUUUUUCCUUUGGAACGGAAAUCCCGUGAGGCAGAGAUUGCUGCCGCGCGAAUUGCUGCAAUUGCGAUGCAACAAAGUUACUCUUUACGGCACGGACUUGCGUGUGUUCUGUUUGUAGUCCGAGCCAGCGUUGCCUGCAAUUCGUCAUCUUGCAGUUUAUGUCUACGGCGAAUGUAACGUAGAGUAGUUGGAGUUAGAUGCGCGAGAGCCGAAAUAAACGGCGAGUGUAAAGCGGAAAAAUGAAAGAACAGAUUUCGGCAACUCUUUCGCUCGAACGAAACGAACGAAAGAGACGAGGAAAGUGAAAAAGGAAAAGACAAAACCUCGCAUAGUUGCGUCGAUUUGUUACAUGCGGAAUUUUCUCCGGUUGAAUCCGCGGCGAGAACGAGAUUCGCUCCGUUCGCUAACGCGUAACGUUAAUUGUUUCUACGAAAGAAUAACCGAUACGCUAAUAAUAAGAUAUUACACUACGCAUCAUAGCCAAAGCAAUAAUAAAUUGCGCACGUUCUGGCCAGUCUCCCCUUAUCGUAGUUAUAUAGUGCGACGUAGAGAAGCGAAGAGCGCGAUGUAAUCAUUAGCCCGUAGAUUAAUUGUAAUUCGAGCGUGAUCGUUAACGCGACCCACGAAGCCGUAUCUCAACCCCGACAUUAUCGUGCUGUAACGAGAUACUUCCGCUGAGAUGUUCCAAGACCGAGGAUCUCUCCUGUUGCGACAGAUCAUUUUUGUCUGUAAUAGCGGCUGUAAAUAGCGGAUGGCACGUUGAUCCUGCAUCAUCCGAUCCUCCCGAGCAGGCUGUAUACGAAUCUUUUGUAUAAAGGUGGACGACGCUGUGCUUCUUGACGGCGAUGUAGUACACACGAGGAUAAUCCCGCACGUCAUAUUCACGAUCACCCUAUUGUAGCGGUGCUCAAAUUAUAGUUGGGUUUAUUUUAAGCAGUAAAACUAUUCGUAUUACUAUACGUAAUACGUGGUGAUAAAAACAGGAAGACAUAUGCUUAUAUGUUUUCAAAAGAUGAAGGAGUCUAAUUAAGAAAUAAUCUUGGAAAAUCACGUAAUUGCUGGAUUUAAAUUUUCUUCUUAAAAAUAUAGCGCAGAUAAUUCGUACUUUAUUAUUAAUUUUUGAAAAUUAAUAUUUGUGCCGCGUCACUAGAUACCACGUUUGCAUUCGUUUUAUUCGUACUGAAAAUUUGGGAACCGCUACUCCAUGGGAUUAUAGAUGGCCGAGUAUCCGAAAUCGAUUGUUAAUAUUUAGCACCAGCCAGUACUAACGUGAAUGUACGAAACAUUACUCCCAAUCGAGAUUCCAGCAACGAACGUGCGCCAAGACUAUAUCAAUCGAUCAACACAAUUACUGCGUAUAUAUUAUAUAUAUUAUUUAAAAAUUAUAUCGUAUUUCGAUAAAAAUCUACCGUUUACUUUGCUGAGAAACAUAUGUACAUGAAGGUCGCCCUGUUAACUCGUAAUAGGAUCACAUUUUUACUGUACUCAUCUCUAGAAUCAUAUAGCGCUUCGAAAGUGAUGCUUAUAUAUGCCACCUUUCUUAUCUUUCGUUUUUCCAUUUUUUAAAACUCACUUUUCACUCUCUUAGAGAUCAAUUUAUUUAGAUAUACUUAAAUAUUGACUGAGUAUCAGAGCCUGAUGAUUUUAUCGAUGCUACAGUUUAUAUUGCGUCGUAAACUCUGCACAUAUUGUGAGUUGUAGAAGAAUUCCUUUUUAGUUAUUUUCGCGCUUUGUAUAAUUCAAUUCCUUUAUAUUAGAUAUGUAUAUUUGUUAAAAUUAUUGCUGUAAAAACUCGGUUUUAAGGACCAACGCGUUUUUGUUACAAGACAGAAGCGUGUACGUUAAACGAGGAAUUAUUUAAAUUGGAGAUGAACUUUAGUUAGGAAAUAAGUCCCAAUCUAAAGUAGUACUUGAACGUUAUUGAAGUUACGUUUUAAUGGCUACUACACAGUUACUUGCUACUUUUAGAAAAAACCUGCAAACUAAAUUUUCUACCAAUUAUCUUGUAUAUACCACCUCGCGGAAUAUUGUGUCACCUACGUCAUUUAAGAGAAUGAAUUAAGAUUAAUGGCGAUCAGGAAUGCAAGAAGAAGAUAGUUCCUCGAUCGCCUCGUUAAGUGCGAGCGACUGAUAUCUAUCUAAUUGUGAUCACCAUCGUUUUGUUAAAAAACGAAGAAAGUAAAUAAAGUGAGAAAUGCAUCACAGAAACGCCGUUCAGCUCCCAGUGAAGCGUUACUCAUAAUUCGCCAAUUGUGUAUCAAUUGACGAGGAUGUUAAGAAUAGGGAGACUCGCAAUUAUCAUAAUAAACACUCGCAAAUUUCAAUUCCGAAAAA